AGUUUAAUCUGAGAGACGAAGGGUUUUCGUUAUUAUAGAAAGUGUAAAAAUUUACAGAGCACAUAAUAUCCUCUUCUUCUAAUUCGCUGGUCUCCUAUAUCACACUAUCAGCCUGUGACAUUUCAACACCUUUUAAUUAACUCCAAUCACCAUUGAAUAGAAGAAACAUUAUGGGAGAAAUAGCAAAAUAUUUAGAAUGGUGUAAAACAGCUAUUGCGAACAUAAGAGGAAACAAUAUCUUGAGAGCAGUUAUAGGAAACAGUGCCUGUGACUUAGAUUCAGCUGCUUCCGCUGUCUCUUUUGGAUACUAUUUGCAUAAGACAAGUGAGACAGAUAAUGCAAAAACAAUACCAGUAUUGAAUAUCAAUAAAGAGGACUAUCCUUUGAAAACGGAAGUUAAACACCUCUUUGAUAAAUACGGAAUAAGUUCAUCUUUCCUCCAUUUCAAAGAUGAUAUUAAUUUAAUUGAUUAUAAAGAAAAAGGAAAGCUUGAGGUUGUCCUUGUUGAUAGAAAUACAUUAUCCGAAGACGAAAUACCUCUCAAACCGUGCAUUACCUACAUUGUUGAUCAUCAUCGAAAGCAAUGGGUUGAUGAUGAAAGAGUUAAAACUAAAAUAGAAAAAGUUGGCUCUUGUAGUACUUUGAUAGCUGAGCUAAUUUUAAACUCAAGUAUUACAAUUGACAAACAUUUGGCCGAAAUGCUAUACACUACAAUCAUUCUGGAUACUAUAAAUCUAUCCAAAGAAGCUGAUAUAGUAACAGAAAAAGAUAAAAUCAUAUUAAAUCAAUUGGAAAGAAAAUAUCUACCAAACAUAGACCAUACUGAAAUUUUUAAUGAGUACUUUAAAGCGAAAACUGAUGUUUCAAGUCUUACACUUGUGGAAAUCUUAAGGAAAGAUGUGAAGAUUAUCAACGAUGCAAAUAUUAAAAUUGGAAUUAGUUCAAUACCGCUUCCGCUACUUACAUUCUUUAAUAAGGACAACGUCUUUGGAGAAUUGAGAGAAUUUUCUAAGCUAUUUUCGUUAAACCUUGUCGUUAUUAUGGUAUUGUUCGUUACUGAGGAUAAUACCACAAAACGUGAAAUUGCAGUUUAUUCAGAAAAUAACAAGAUAAAAGAGGAGGUUCGUAAUAGAAAUAUAGCGCCACCUAUUGUUCGAGUUUAUUCACGAGGGUAUUAUUAA